UAUCUGAUCUACGGUUUGUUGGAGCAAUAUGGGCGCUAUGGAGCAGCUAUCGUUCAUUACACCGAACUUACAGCAUUCUUCGAUCAGGCAGAAAAAGAGAUGGAAGAUAAUCGUGAUUUUGGCGUAAUUCCAUGUUUUGACACGGUAGAAGAGCAGCGCAAACUUGAUGAAAUGAGGCGACAAACGUUUUGUGAACAGCCACAGAUGUUGCAAUCACCACCGCCAUUGUACCUCAGCGAGUAUGUUAAUACGCCGAAAAUUGAUUUAUUGAUGCGUUUGAUAAGAUCAGGAGUCAGUUUGGUGGAUUAUGUAAAGGAAUUGAUAUCGAACAGUGUCACUGCACAAAUUGAUGAAGAUAAAUUGCUGCACUGUUUGCCAACUGCAUCAGCUUUUAAUUCCACUACGGGUCCACUGUCAGUGCAUUUAUCUUUGCGACACUACAGUAUGGUGCUACAAACAAUAGCAUUGGCACGGCUUGCUAUUCGAUCGUUGGAAAUUGUCCUGGAUAGUGUUUCUGGCUUUUCUUCUGUAAACCAAAGAAACAAAAAGAUAAGCACUGCAAAGUGGAUAUUUGAAAUCAUAAAAUCAUGA